UGUGUGUGUGUGUCUGUGUGUGUGUGUGUGUGUGUGUGUGUGUGUCUGUGUGUGUGUGUGUGUGUGUGUGUGUGUGUGUGUGUGAGUGUGUGUGUGAGAGAGAGUGUGUGUGUGUUUAUGUGUGUGUGUGUUUAUGUGUGUGUGAGUUUGUGUGUGUGCAUGUGCUGCUCUGGAUUUCCAGCAACUGCAGAUUUUCUCUGGUUAGUUGUUGGAAUAGAAAACGGAAUUGGCCGGGGGAAAACCGGAGUUACGGUGAGACCCGCUGGUCGAAGAGACGACAGGUCCUGAGUGGGCAGAGUCCUGACUGAUGCCUGCCACUCUUUUGAGAGAUUUCUUUCUCAAGAGGCCGUGCUUACAAGUUCCUGCAGCUAUUUUCAUGUUAACUUGGUAACAGGGAAUCGCAGACAAAGCCUAGGGGUAGAGACGUGGAAUGUAGCAAUGAUGACACCCAAGUUCCAGUGACAUCAACAAUGUUAUUGAAUGCACCCGCUGUUGUGAUGGAAAUUUAGACUGCGUACAGACAUAGACAAACACAAAUGAAAACAUCCAAUCUUGAGAAACGUGACUGAUUGAGUUAGAGUAAACCUUUGACAAACUUGUACAGCGGUUUGGUGGAGUCUAAUGAGGAAACACUAACGCCCGGAAUGAAAUUCCUACAAAAAGUGUUGGAUAUGGCUCAGUCCGUCAGGAAUAAAGACCUCCCCACCAUUGAACACACCUACACAAAGCACUCUCGUAGGAAAGCAGCAUCCACCAUCAAGGACCCACUUUCUUCUCGCUCCUGACAUCAAGCAAAAGAUGAGGAUGCCUCAGGACCCACUCCACCCGGUUCAGGAACAGUUAUUACCCCCUCAACCAUCAGGAAGGAGGUACAGGAGCCUCAGGACCCACUCCACCCGGUUCAGGAACAGUUAUUACCCCUCAACCAUCAGGAAGGAGGUACAGGAGCCUCAGGACCCACUCCACCCGGUUCAGGAACAGUUAUUACCCCUCAACCAUCAGGAAGGAGGUACAGGAGCCUCAGGACCCACUCCACCCGGUUCAGGAACAGUUAUACCCCCUCAACCAUCAGGAAGGAGGUACAGGAGCCUCAGGACCCACUCCACCCGGUUCAGGAACAGUUACUACCCCUCAACCGUCAGGAAGGAGGUACAGGAGCCUCAGGACCCACUCCACCCGGUUCAGGAACAGUUACUACCCCUCAACCGUCAGGAAGGAGGUACAGGAGCCUCAGGGCCCACUCCACCAGGUUCAGGGACAGUUAUUACCCCCCAACCAUCAGGAAGGAGGUACAGGAGCCUCAGGUCCCACACCACCAGAUUCAGAGACAGUUAUUACCCCCCAACCAUCAGAAAGGAGGUACAGGAGCCUCAGGUCCCACACCACCAGAUUCAGAGACAGUUAUUACCCCCCAACCAUCAGGAAGGAGGUACAGGAGCCUCAGGUCCCACACCACCAGGUUCAGGGACAGUUAUUACCCCCCAACCAUCAGGAAGGAGGUACAGGAGCCUCAGGUCCCACACCACCAGGUUCAGGGACAGUUAUUACCCCUCAACCAUCAGGAAGGAGGUACAGGAGCCUCAGGUCCCACACCACCAGGUUCAGGAACAGUUAUUACCCCUCAACCAUCAGGAAGGAGGUACAGGAGCCUCAGAACCCACACCACCAGGUUCAGGAACAGUUAUUACCCCUACAGGCACCUCAGAACCCAUAACACCAUGUUCAGGAACAUUUAUUACCCCCUCAGCCAUCAGGCUCUUGAACCAGAGGGAAUAACUUCACUCAACUUCAUUGAACGGUUCCCACAAUCUAUGGACUCGCUUUCAAGGACUCUCCAUCUCACGCUCUCGAUAUUUAUUGCUCAUUUAUUUAUUAUUCUUUCUUUCUUUUCGUACUCGCACAGUUUGUUGUCUUCUGCGCACUGGCCGAGCGCCCGAGUCGGGUGUGGAUUCUGUUGUAGACUGACGGAGUAUGCCCAGAGGAAGAUGAACCCCAGGGCUGCAGGUCGUGGCAUCGACGUUCUCUGAACCCGGGGCUCGUCGCUCUAAACUCCUGUCACCCGUUUUCACCGGCUCACAAACCUCUUCAGAGCCCCUGACGUUCCCACCUCGACCAGCUCCCCGGCAGCCGAGACUGCUCCUCUCACCCACACAGGAAAAUUAAUCUCAGGGUCCUGUUAUGCAGCUUGAUGAUAAACUUACUUGAAACUGUGAAUUAAUCAUACAACUAUGUCCUCUAGUUUCCAAUUUCCAAGCUCUGCGAGAAAGACAGCUCACCCUAUCUCUACCCCUCAGGGUUCGGUACAAUUCUGAGUGCUCGUCUCUCGGUGCCCGACACCCCAAACACAGCUUGUCUCAUCUCUCCCUGUAUCUCACCCCCAUCGACGCCCUCCCAAAACUCUUGCAAUAAACCUCUUUACAUCCUUCCCAUGCCUGUGUGCUGAUCAAAACUGAACGCAAGACUCCAAGACCUGUACACAAGAGAUUCCACAGAUGCCAGAUGCUGGAAAUCCAGAGUAACACACAGACACACACACAAGAUGCUGGAGGAACUCAGCAGGUCAGGCAGCGUCUACGGAGGGGAAUAAACAGUCAACGAUUCAGGCCGAGACCCUUCAUAAGGACCGGAAAGGGGACAGAGCCAUAAAAAAAAUGAAGACGGGCAAGGGAAAGAGGUCAAGGUGACAGGUGAGACCAGGUGAGGGGGAAGGUGGGUGGGUGGGGGAGGGGGAGGAGGACAAUGACAGGUGAGACCAGGUGAGGGGGAAGGUGGG